CAAUAUUUUGACGUAACUUUUAAUUUUAAAAUCCCUUUCUCUCUUUCUCUCUUUUCGUUUGGAAAUAUGGCAUGUUCAAAGUUAUUCUCAGGAGAUUUACCUGAGUUAACGAACGAAAUUAUUCAAUGUUUUCAUUAUGAUUAUAAAACAUUACAUUCGUGUAUAUUGGUUAAUAGAUUAUGGUGUCGUUUAGCAAUUCCAUUAUUAUGGGAAGAUCCAUUUUCAGUUAAACUUCCUAAAAAUUAUUACUUUAUUGAAACUUAUUUGCGAAAUUUGAAUGAUGAUGAUAAAGCAAAAUUAAAUGAAUAUGUAAUUCAUAAUGAAUUAUUUCCUUCAAACAUACUAUUUAAUUAUCCUAGAUUCAUUCAACGUUUAGAUACAUAUAAAAUUUGUUUCUCUAUUGAAAAAUGGGUUGCAACUGUCAGGAUUUCAACAAGAAGAGGGCAACAUUCCAAUUAUUCUAUGCAAAAUAUAAAUUUAUCAGCUUCACAAACAUCAAACUUCACAAAACUAAUUUUUAGAUCAUUAUUUCUAAUAUUCAUUAAAAACGAAGUUAAUUUGCAUAGUUUUAAAAUGUCAAUGGCUACAUUUAGUGAUAUUGAAUAUUAUGAUGAGAUUAUUGGAUUAAUCUUACAAAACCGUAAUUUCAUUUAUAAUAUUAAAAAUUUAACACUUGAUCUUGAUGAUGCAAAAUAUAACACAAUAAAAUUUUUAGAAUUUCUUUGUUCUAAUUGCAAUUCAAUUACAUCACUUAAUUUUCUACUUCCUUCAUUUCAUGUUUAUCCAAUAAUCGAAAAAAAUUUUUCACAAAUAAUUAAAUCUCAAGUAAAUCUUAGAAAGAUUUCAUUUGGUUUUGGUGAUGAAUACUCCUUAUACCAUCCUUUAUUAUCAUUAAAUAAUCCUUAUUGUUCAAUUACAUUAAGUACAAUUGUAUUUUAUUAUAUUGAUUUUAAAAAUAUAGAUGUUUUAAGUGAAGUAUUUAAUCAUUCGAAUGUUUUAGAAUCAAUUCAUAUUAUUUAUUGUUAUUAUUUAGAUUCUAAAUUUAUUCGACAAAUUAAUAAUAUUACAAAACCAUUUAAAUUGAAAACUUUAUUUUUGGAUGAAAUGAAUGAAUCAUUAGAACCAUUAAUACAAAAGUCUGGCAAUUAUUUAGAAAACCUUGGAGUUGGUCACUAUAAAUCACAAAAGUUACUACAAUUAAUUAUAAAGUAUUGUAGUAAAAUUAAAUUUUUGGUUCCUACUUGGCCAGAUAAUCAGAGUAUUUAUUCAGUAUUCAAUUUAAUUGAAAAUAUUAACCAAAAUCUUAAUUAUCUUUUAAUUGAUGCCCUUGCUAUUAGUUAUAAUGAUAAUUAUCAUUCUAGUUCAAUUAUAUUACAAAAUUUAGGACAAAUUCUUCCUUUUAAAUUAGAAUAUUUGAAUUUACAUCUUAGAAUUAAUACAAAUGAUUUAGAAAUAUUCUUAAAAAAUUCUCAAAAUGUUUUUGUUAAAAAAUUGUUAAUUAGAAAUACAAAGAAUGAAGAAAGUCAAGAUAUUUUCCCAUAUAUAAAAGAAUAUAUUAUGAAAAAGAAACGAGUUAAAUAUUUGGCUAUUACAGAAAAUUAUAGAGGAAAAAAUGAAUUCUUGAUUUCUUUGAAAGAUAAAGUAAAAGAAUUUGAAUUAUAUGAUAUUCAAGUUCUAAAUUAUGAAGAUUUGAUUAUUAACAUUUAUGAUCUUAUACAAGAAAUUUACUAUUAA